AUGUGCGGCAUCAUAGGAUUGGUGCAGGCUGAGGGGGUCAAAGUGAACGGAGCUCUGCCUGUCCUUGCCGCUGACGCACUUACUGCUCUUCAGCAUAGAGGAACGGAAUCCGUCGGACUUGUUGGUUCGAAUGGUUCUGAUCGUCAGCACCUGGAUAUCGUCAAAGGACAAGGGCUUGCCAGAGAUGUGUUUGUGGAGGAGAACCUAUGUAAACUGAACGAAUCGAGAGUCAUCAUUGGACAUAAUCGUUAUUCAACGGCUGGAAGAAAGCGAUGGGCGAUUAACUGUGUACAGCCGUUUGUCGUCUACACUGCAAUAGGAACUGUAGCGAUAGCACAUAAUGGAGAGCUGGUGGAUGCGAAUAAAAUGAGGAAAGAGGUUCUUCAUGAAGGCGUUGGUUUGUCAACCGACACUGACUCCGAGUUGAUUGCACAAAUGGUGGCAAAGGCAAUAGGGCUUAAUUACAAAAGCCGUUCUAAUCACGAUUGGGGUGAUAUUUCUAAGGAGCUAGAGGUGACAAUGUCGUCGCUCAACAUGUCCUACUCAUUAGUGGUCAUGUCUUACGAUCGUCUAUACGCUAUCCGUGAUCCUUACGGCAAUCGCCCAUUAUGCGUCGGAACAAUUUACAACAAGGAAAAGACACCCGCUACGCCAGUAGCUUACAUUGCUGCCUCUGAAAGCUGUGCCCUUCCAAGCUCAGCCAAGCUGAAUUUCGAAGUCCGGCCUGGUGAAAUCGUGGAAGUUUCUAGAAAGGGAAUACGCUCGGUAUACCAGAUGAAACCGCAGUCACCACAGGCAAUGUGUAUAUUCGAAUAUGUCUACUUUGCUCGAAAUGAUUCAAUAAUGCAAGGACAGCAGGUGCAAACGGUCAGAGAACAAUGCGGCCGAAUUCUUGCCCAGGAGAAACAUGUCGAUGCGGAUGUGGUUUCAAAUGUGCCCGACUCUUCAACAUCAGCCGCAAUCGGCUAUGCUGCUCAGUCAGGUAUACCAUAUGAACCGUGUCUUCAUCGAAAUAGCUAUGUUGGUCGAUCGUUUAUUCAGCCGUCAAAUGCAAUGCGACAAUCUGCUAUCCACAAGAAAUUCGGUGUACUACGCAAGAAUGUUGAAGGACGUCGCAUCGUUCUGAUUGACGACUCUAUAGUUCGUGGAAAUACCAUGAGAAUACUGGUAGAGAUGUUGUGGAAUGCAGGUGCAAAGGAGGUACACCUACGCAUCGCAUCACCUCCAGUCAAAUUUCCAUGUUUCAUGGGAAUAAACAUUCCUACCGCUGAAGAGCUACUUGCUAGCAAAAGGAAUCUCGCAGAAAUCACCGAACAUAUCGGCGCGACUUCAGUAGAAUACCUUUCAGUCGAAGGACUUCUAAAGGCUGUGCAAUCGGGCAUCGAACGACGGACGAACUUCGAUAUCGGUCACUGUACGGGAUGCCUUACAGGAAAAUACCCUGUGGCUAUCGACUUCUGA